AUGAUAAACAAUAAAGUGUAUUAUAAUAACUUAAAACUUGUCAUAAAUAAAGGGGAAAAUGAAGAAGAGGAAGAUUCACAUAUUAAAAAGUCAAAUGAUAAAGUAAAGAAUAUAAACAAUGUUAUGUAUAUAGGAAAUAUAGAUAAAUAUAUUGAAGAUAAUGAUAUGGUAAAAAUGUUAGAAAUUUUUGGUAAUGUUAUAAAAUGGCAAAGACAAAGAAACCCUUCAACAAAUGAGUUGAUGGCUUUUGGAUUUUGUGAAUUUAGUGAUAUAUAUGAAGUUUAUUUGUGUAUGAAUAUUUUAGAUAAUAUAAAGUUAGGCGACAAACAUUUAAAAGUAAAUUGUAGUGACAAUUUGAAAAAAAUGUUUGAAAGGAUUGUCGAUGUUAUGUAUGAAAAAAGGGAAGAAAUAAAAGAAGAGCAUAAAGAAAGAGAUAUGCAAUAUGAAGAAAAUGAAAAAAAUGAAGAAAAUAUAAAAAAUGAAGAAAAUAUAAAAAAUGAAAAGUUGAAACUAUUAAAUUAUAUUAAUAAUGAAAUGGCUACUAAAAAGAUGGAAAUUAUGAAAUUUAUAGAAAGGGUUAAUGAGGAGAGUGACGACAGAAAAAAAGAAAAUGAUACUAUUAUAAAUAAUGAAAUAAAUAAUACUAUUGAUACAAAUGAUCAUAUAAAUAAUAAUAUUAAUACGAAUGAUCAUAUAAAUAAUAAUAUUGAUACAAAUGAUCAUACAAAAGUACAAAUAAAUAUAGAACAAAAUGGUAACUUACCAAACAAUGUUGACAAAUUUUUAAAUUUUAUGAAAAAUGAUAAUGAAUUAAAUGAGAAUAAAAAAAAAAGAAAAAAGGAUAAUUCAAAUGGAGAAAAGAUUCAAGAAGAUAAUUAUUAUUUGACUGGUGAAAAUGAUCCACUUAAUGUUUAUAUAAAAAAACAAAGAAAUAACACAAAUAUGGAUAAUAAUAAUAAUAUAUAUAAUAAUAAUAAUAAUAAUAAUAAUAAUAAUAAUACAUAUAGUAAUAAUAUAAUUUGUACUAGUAGUAAUGAUAUUUUUUCCAUUUCAGAUGACGCAGAUUAUACAGUGGAUAAGAAAAAAAAAAAAAGCCUCAAAGAUUGUGUUAAUACAUCAUACUGUUCAAACAUUGAACAAAAGACAAAUAAACAAAAUGAUAAUGAUAAAGAAGAAGAAGAAGAAGAAACUUUGUACAUAAGUAAAGAAUAUAAAAUUAACUGGAGAGAAAGAGAACGAUUACAAAAAACGGAAUAUAAAGAAAAAGAUUUGGAAAGAGAAUUUUAUAAAAGAGAAAAAGAAUGGAUAGAAUUAGAAGAACAAAUUAAAAAGGAUACAUACAAAGAAUGGAAUAAAUAUCUGUUAUCAAAAAAAAAAGAUAUUGCAAAACUUAUUGAAAUUGAUUUAAAGGGAGAAAGUGAUACUAGCGCUAUGUCUAAUUCUAAAAGGAGAGAAAUCAGAAGAGCUAAAAGGAAAAAGGAAAAAGAGUUAGAUGAACAAGACAAGUUGGAUGAAAUAAAAGAAGUGGAGGAAAUGAAAAAAAUGGAGGAAAUGAAAAAAAUGGAAGAAAUGAAAAAAAUGGAAGAAAUGAAAAAAAUGGAAGAAAUGAAAAAAAUGGAAGGAAUAAAAAAAAUGGAAGCAACUGAAAAUAAUAUUAAUAAUAGAAAAGAUGAGUAUGAUAAAAAUGAUUAUACAUUGGAAAAGGAUGAAAAUAAAAAAAAUAGUUCUAUUGUUAAUAUGCAUAAAAAUAAUAAUGAUGAUAUAUUAACAAGCAAUUCAGGAAGUGAUGAUAUAUCUGUUUUUGAAAAUAACCAUAUCAAAUUAAAGAAAAAAAAAAGGGACAAGAGUUACAUACAAGAUGAUGAUUAUAAUGAAGAGGAAGAAAAAAAGGAGGUGUUCAUAAAAAAUGAUAAAACAAAAUACAAAAAUAAUAAUAAGAAUAAUUUAUUGUUCAAUUGUUAUAAUAAAUAUAACAAUAGUGAAUAUUCUUAUAAUUCUGAUGAGGAAGAUGAUAAGGUAUCUGUAUCAAAAUAUAUUCAUACAUCUUCCUCAGAAUAUGAUUCGUAUGAAAAAAAAAGAAAAAAAGAAAAAAAAAAAAAAAAAGAUGAUGAUGAUAACUACAAAAGAAAAAUGACCAAUACAGAAUAUGAAAAUAUCAAAGAAGGUGAACAAAAUAUAAAGAAAAAAAAAAAUUUCCAUUCAGAAUAUUUACAAAACAUAAAUGACCAAUCCACAUUAAAUAUCCUUGAUACGAAUGAUGAGUAUACAUAUUUAGAAGAAAAGGGAAAAAAAACAAACAAAAAUCUUAAACCCGUAUCAAAAUUAGACACAACAUAUUUGGAUAAAAAAAAUCAAGAAGAAAAAGAAAACAAAGAAGAACAAGAAAAAAAAACACAAGAAUUAAAAGAUCAACAAAAUGAAAAGGUUAGAGUUAUUGAUAUUAUUGAAAAUUCAAAAAAAAUAUUAGAAAAAGUACCAUCAUCAGAAGAACAUAUUUUUAAUUUUCCAAUUGAAUGGAAUAUACCUAAUUUUAAGAAUAAUAUAAGCAUAAAAUUAAAACCUUGGAUUUAUAAAAAAAUUACAGAAUAUAUAGGUGCUGAUGAAAAAGAUAUUAUUGAAGAAAUUAGUAAUUAUUUUGUUAAACAAAUUUUAAAUGAAACUUCACCAAAAAAUAUGCUUAUAGAAGCGGAAAAAUUCUUAGACUCAGAUGGAAAGAUAUUUAUUCUAAAUAUGUAUAAACUAAUAAUUUUUGAACAACUCAAGGUAAAAAAUGAAAUUCAAAAUAAAAAUAUGUGA